CCAUAAUCUUUUUUGUUGUGUUUGGCGCCGUUGCAAGAGGACGACGAUGUUGUUUGGGCGGCUGGACUGGCUGUGGCACGAUGGGCGUGCACCCAUCUUCUCCCUCGACACAAGUUGUGACGGGGAUCGCCUCGCAACCGCCAGUCAAGAUGGGAUCCGCUUGUGGCGAGCAAGCUGCAUUGGCAGCCCUGAUGCGACCAGGAAGCGUGCAGCUCUGUCGUUCAUGUCGGCCCAUGAAGGUGGCGUGAAUGUUGUUCGCUGGAGCCCGAAAGACCCCAUGCUGCUAGCCUCUGGUGGUGUUGACCACACAAUCAUUCUUUGGACCCAAGAGGACGAGGCGUCGGCGUCCUUUGGAAGUUUGGACGGCCCCAGUGUCGAAGCGUGGCAGCCAGCAGCAACAUUGCGCGGGCACACGGAAGAUGUGCUUGGGCUGGCGUGGUCGCCGGAUGGGGACACCCUGGCGUCCUGCGGCGUCGACAACAUGGUGCUGGUCUGGUCCACAGACGGCUUGCUGCUCCACCAGCUCUCUGGCCACAACGGCCACGUCAAGGGCCUGGCGUGGGACCCGUGCCUCAAAUACCUCGCAUCGCAGGGUGACGAUCAAGUCAUUGUGUGGAAGACAGACGACUGGACCCCAGCCGCACACAUUGACAAGCAGCUGCGCGAUACGACGGGCACGUGCUUGUUCCUCCGUUUGGACUGGUCCACAGAUGGCACGUACCUUGUCGCAGUGAACGGCCGGAACAACGAUGUUCCCGUGGCCAUCUGCAUCGCUCGACAGGAGAUGACACGCGAAUUCGAUCUCGUCGGACACACGCGCGCCGUCAUGUCUGUGCGAUCAUCGCCCGUCAUCUACGGCGCUCCCGACACACACGCAACGCGCUCGUGCUUCGCUGUCGCCGGCACAGACGGCACACUCUCGUUCUGGGUGACGGGUGCCAAGCGCGCGUAUGCUGUUGUUCACGCUGUUCUGGAGGGCCACAUCGUCGACAUUGCAUGGGACAAAACAGGAACAACGGUGCUCGCAUGCUCUGCUGAUGGCGACGUUGCGUGCGUUCGAUUCAGCAGCAGCGAAAUCGGAACCCCACUCCCCAAAGCAGCGCUCACAAAGGCGCGUGCUGCCACGACAAUGAGUGCCAACGGCGACGGAGGAUCGGAUCUCGGACUGUUGACGGCAGCGGCUGUUGCACUGCAGCAGAGGAGCAACGGGGAAGCAAGCGCCACCACACCCAGUCACUCGAGCACAGCAGCUGCCACAGCUGUUAGUGGUCAAGGUGGUGGUGUUGAUGGCGAUCUUGGUGGUGACGACGACGACGGCGACGACGACGACGAUGACGAUGAUGAUGAUGACGACGAUCUGGUGGUGAAGAAGAAGACGAGCCGGAAUCUGUCGCGUUUGACGAUCACAGAUGAUGAUGACGAUGACGAUGAUGACGGUGCCGCCAAUGGCAGCAGCGCAGCAGCUGGGGGUCGUGGCGACGCGCUGGCCAAAGCCAUGGCGCGGUCCAUGACCACAGGAAUGGCCACGGCAUCACCGCAGCACACCAUCGGCUUCUCUUCGCCGUCGCCAGCGCAAACCACAACCUCGUCAGCGUCAUCCACAUCAGCAUCAGCACGUCGCGCCCCCCAGUCGGCUGCUGGUGUGCAGAAAGAGAGUCGGACGCGGACGGGGCGGCGUCGCAUUGCGCCCAUCACGCGCCCGUCAGCCGCCAUGACGGCUCGAAGGCGAAGCACGCCCUUUGGCGAGUCGCCGAUAAAGCGUGCUCGACACGAAUUGCGGCCGCCGCAGGGCUUUGAGCUCGUCGACGCGUCCAUAUCACUCGGGGCCGCACUCUUCCACCCGAAACACGACACGUCAAAGGUGCUGCCUGCGCUUGGAACGGCGUCGCCUGUGCGCAACACAACGUUCUUCCUCCCGUCCUCGGCAGCGGCAACGAGGACACGGCACAUUCGCGUGCAGAACAAGCCGAAGCGACUUGACGGCUCCCUGGCACUGUAUCGCGUCGUGUGCGUGGAGCAACCCCAAUCCACACAAGCGGCACCAACAGCGUCAUCAACAAUAUCAACAGCACCAACGGCACCAACGGCAGCAGCAGCAGCAGCCGUGACUUCCUCCACGGGACCUGGCGAUGUGAGGGAGGUGUGGAGCGUGCCACUAUCGCUGCCGUGUAUUGCUGCUGUCGGCAGCGAGCGUCACGUGUGCUGCGCAACAACAGACGGCUGUCUGCACAUCUUCUCCGCAGCCACGGGCCUGCGGCUGCUUCCUCCCAUGUUUGCCGGAAACGGCGUUGCUGUUCUGCGUCUCGCUGGCGAUCAUCUCCUGGUCAUCGACUGUACCGCCCGCCUCUCCGUCUGGAACUUGAACAAAGGCUGCAUCGUACUCCACGCCAUCGACUUGUCAGCAUUGUGUGCACGUGCACGUGCAUUGCAUCAGGAAUUGGUGGACGCGGCGUAUUUGGCCUCGGGAACAGCAGUCGUGUUCUUCAAGAACGCACAGGGCGUGAGCCGCGUGUAUGCGUGGCAGCCCGCGCUGGGUGCGUGGGUGCUUGUUGGCGAUGCUGGGUCUGUGCUGCACCUCCUGAGCCACCGCCAGAGCCUGCCCGCCACCCCGGACACAUCGCACGCCAUCGGCAGAUUUCGUCCGGCCCUCGCUGUCUCAGAUGUGCACCGCCGCUUUCGGCGAACGCCAGCGCGUCAGCACUUGAACGCAAUCAACGCUGCAACCGCCGCCGAUAAGGCUGCGGCGACGUGUGAGCACGUGCUCAUGUGUUUGGCGGCGGCGAAAGCGCUGGAUGCACAGGAGGAUUUUGAUGCUUUCGUUCUUCAAUACGCAAAGGCUGCCGUGUCGUCUGGUCCCGGCACGCGUGACUGGAACGCGCUGGGGGUGCUGUGCUCGCAUCUGUUUGGCGACGCACCUGCUGCCGACCUGGCAGAGAGCCCGUUUGUUCUCAACAGCGCAGACACGCACGCACGCCACAAGCUCCUGAGAAAGGUGCUGGAGGUGUUUUCGACGACAGCGGCGCUGCAACCGAUGGUUGAAGACUACUUUGCGCGCUUGGAGAACAGCGAGACGACGAUGAACGGGCACGCAAUCACCAUCACAGACUAGCUGAUAUCCUUCUCACUCCUCUCUCCACCUCCCUGCUUCUCGUGUAAACGAUGAUGAUGAUGAUGAUGAUGAUGAUGAUGAUGAUGAUGAUGAUGAUGAUGAUGAUUGUACUGUACUUCUUCACUUGUCGUCUCAGUACAUAAAUACUGGUCUUGUUGUAUCGUUUAUUGAUUGGCCUGCUGCUUGCAGAGGUCUGCGGCGCACACGUCAAUCGCAUGCACACGCAGAGAAUGCUCAUCAACCAGAAACAAAGCAGCGAUAGCCGUC